AUGUCGGUAGAAGACUGGCUGUCGAUUUUCGAUCCUUCCUCUUGCGUUCGUCGCGGCCUCUGCCCGGUUACUGAAAUCCGGAAUACCACUACCUUCGAGAGCCAUUCUCUGUAUUUCGAGCAACAUGGAACUGGUCCAGAGAAACUGGUCUUCGUCAUGGGGCUCAACAGCAGUUCAUUCGCAUGGGCCCUGCAAGUCGCACAUUUCAGCAAACUUUCUCAAUAUUCUAUCCUCGUCUUUGACAACCGCGGUGUUGGAUACAGCGGUGUUCCAAGAGGGCCUUUCACGACUAGUGCCAUGGCAGAAGACCUUAUCGCCCUCUUGGAUUACAUUGGUUGGAAGGAACCCAGAGGAAUACAUAUCAUUGGCUUGUCUCUUGGCGGCAUGAUAGCACAAGAGGUGGCAUAUCGCAUUCCAGAACGGAUUACAUCACUGACUUUGGGCGUCACCACUCCGGGAGGAUAUCCAUGGACCAACUUUCCGCCGUGGAAGGGGGUUAUAGGGCUCUUGAAGGCCACCUUCACCAAGGACCUCACCAUCAAGAUCCCCAUUAUACACGAUAUGGUUUUUACCAAGUCCUGGCUUGAAGACAAGGACGAAGAAGAUCCUGGUCGGACCAACAGAGAGCGUGAAACCGAGGUACUCAGGAAACGCAUGGAUUUAACCAAGCCACAAACUCUUCUAGGAACUAUAUAUCAGAUGUGCGCCGGUCUUACUCACCAUGUUACUCCGGAUCGGCUGCGCAAAAUUUCUUCGUCCGUCCCUAAGGUUAUUCUUGUCACGGGAGACGAAGAUAACUUGGUAAAGUCUGAAAACACGUUCUACCUCAAGCGGUACAUGCCUGAGGCGGAGGUGGUUCAAUGGCAGAACACUGGGCAUGCCAUUCACUAUCAGCGCCGACGUGAGUUCAAUGCUUUAAUUGAACGGGUGGUCAAGGAAGGUCGGGAGAAAGUCUUGCAGCAAGACUAG